GAGCCGGAGCCGACGCUCUUCGUAGCUGCAGCCAUGUCCUUCAAGAACGUCCUGUUGACUGGCUGCUCCUCCGGCAUCGGCCUGGCCUUGGCCGUCCGCCUGGCUAAAGAUGAGCUGAAGCGAUUCCGAGUGUUUGCCACCAUGAGGAACCUGGAGAAGCGGAAGACACUGGAGGAGCAGGUGGGAGAGAGCCUGGAGCAGACCCUGGAGAUCCGGGCUCUCGACGUGACCAGUGAAGACUCCAUCCGCCAGUGUGUGGCCAGUAUUCCCGACCGGCGGGUGGAUGUGCUGGUGAACAACGCCGGUAUCGGGCUGAUUGGGCCAAUGGAGAGCCAGAGCAUAGGCACCAUGCAGCGGGUCUUCGACACCAAUUUCUUCGGCCUGGCGCGGCUGGUGCGCGAGGUCUUCCCCGAUAUGAAACGACGACGCCAGGGCCAUAUCGUGGCCAUGAGCAGCAUCCUGGGCCUGCAAGGUCUCCUCUUCAAUGACGUCUACUGUGCUUCCAAGUUUGCAGUGGAGGGGUUCUGUGAGAGCCUGGCCCUACAAGCCCUUAAGUUUGGGGUGAACAUCAGCCUCAUUGAACCAGGCCCAGUGGUUACGGAGUUCGAGCGGAAGCUGUAUGCAGAAGCUGCUAACAUGGACCUGUCGGGCGUGGACCCGGAAACCCUUCAAAUCUUCCAGGGUUUCUACAUGACCUACUCCAAGGAGAUUUUUUCAGUGCUGGGCCAGACCCCGGAGGAGGUGGCUGAGCAUGUGCUGAAGGUGAUCGUGGCACCCAGCCCACCCUUCCGCUACCAGACCAACAGCGUCUACACCCCCCUGACCACGCUCAAACAUGCCGACCCAACGGGCAACCUGCCCAUCAGUGCCUUUCACCAGCUCAUCUUCCAGCACGAUCGCCUCUUCAAGGCCAGCCUGAGCCUGCUUAAGAUGCUGCAGUGGCGCAAGCGGCGGGAUCUGGACUACCGACGGCCCCAGGCCUGACAACCUCCCCACCCUCAGUACCCCUCAGCCCCCUGUAGCUUCAGUGUUCUCAUUGCCUCUGUGUGACUAGCUGGGGUUGGGGGGUGGGGGGCCUUAUUUAUAAGGGGCAUUCCCUCUCCCUCCACCUCUUGGUUAGGAGCUGCUCCCCUCAGUGCAGGGGAUAGGGGCAGUCAAGGUAACUCCUAGGGAAGACGACCAGGCUGGCCCUGCCCUCCCUGGGACCUAGCUUUCCUGAACGUCACCUUCCCGAGCUUCCUUUAUUCUGCAGGCCCAGGCCCCAGCUGAACCUGCUCCAAACAGCUCUGGGCCCUGGGGGUGGAUGGGGGCGGUGGGGAGGCGGGGGAAAUAGCUGGGAAGGGAGAGGGAAGCCAGAGGAAGGAUCUGGACCAUCCCAGGUGCUGCUGUGGUUUCAGCUAUGAGUAGGUGGAGCUGCUGCCUGAUGGAGUCAGGCACCCUGAGGCCCCUCCUAGAAAUGGAGGGGCUGCAGCCACCAAAUUUAUGUGAGGUGGAGCUCUGGCAGGGCUGAUGGUAAAGGGACCAUGGUUCGUUCACAAUAAACGUCAGUGUGUGAAAUGAA